AUGUUCUACGACCUAAUUGCUAUGAAAGCAGAUGAAAUGCUCCUCGAUUUGACACAAGAAACUCUAAUUAACGAUGAUCAAUUCAUUGCUGCAAUCGAAGAACAACUAAAAAUUGCACCUGAAAACCCUCAAUUAUUACCAAAAUACGAUUUCAUAAUCAUCGGAGCAGGAACUUCAGGCUGCGUCGUCGCAAAUCGUCUUUCAGAGAAUCCAAAUUGGUCCAUUUUACUAAUCGAAGCUGGUAACGAUGAAAAUCCUCUGUUCGACAUCCCUUUUCCGGCUAAUCUCUUGCAAUACACCAGCGCCAAUUGGAAUUACAGAAACCUCCUGAACGAAAACCGUUGCUCCAACUCGGAUGGUCGUGAGUGCCAGACAAUAAGUGGUAAAGUCAUGGGCGGUUCGAGCACAAUUAAUUACAUGAUUUACACUCGAGGUAAUCACAAGGAUUACGACCGUUGGGAGGAUUGCGGAAACGUCGGAUGGUCAUAUGAACACGUCUUGCCAUAUUUCAAGAAAAUUGAGAAUUUCACCAUUAACACUUUGAAAGAAUCGAAAUAUCAUGGUUUUAAUGGUUUCAUGCACGUGGGUUACCCAGAUUUUGCAACUAAAUUUGUCAAUGUUACCAUCAAAGCUUACAAAGAAUUUGGAUUGAAUUACGUUGAUUACAACGGAAAAUACCAAAUUGGGAUUAGUCGAAUACAAAGCAACUUAAAGAAUGGAUUUAGGCAUAGCUCCAAUACCGCUUACAUAAACUCAUUUAGAAGAAGUAAUUUACACAUCAUCAAGUUAUCAAUUGUUAAGAGAAUCUUAAUAAAUCCUAAAACGAAACGAGCGUACGGAGUAGAAUUUGUUUCCAAAGGUAAAUCAAGAUCAGUUUUAGCUGAAAAAGAAGUAAUUCUUUCAGCAGGAGCUAUAAGAUCACCACAAAUGUUGAUGUUAUCUGGGAUAGGACCUAAAAAACAAUUAAAAAAUCUCAAAAUUCCUUUAAUUAAGAAUUUACCUGUAGGCGAAAACCUCAUGGAUCAUAUAGGAAUAAACCUAUUGUAUACCAUAGAAAAACCAUACACGAUUCCAUCAAAUUUAAAAAUCGAUUUAACUUAUACAAAGCAACCGGAGAAGAACUUUCAGUCGAUUCCAGGAGGAGUUGAGUUAAUUAGUUUUCACGAUCUGAAAGAUCCAUUCAAUCCACGUGGAAUUCCUGAUGUUGAAUUAUUGUAUUUCACAAAUUCUGCAAUGAGCAAGAGUCUGUUGAAUAUCACUAAUGAUAUUUAUGGUUUCAGUAUACUCGUAUUGUUGCUCUCACCAAAGAGUAGAGGUGUCAUAAAAUUAGCUUCAAAUGAUGAACCUCUUGUUUAUCCCAAUUAUUUAAGUGAUCCUGAAGAUGUUAAUAUAUUAAAAGAAGGAGUGAAAUUGGCUUAUGAUAUUUCGCAACAAAAAGCGUUUAAAGCGAUUGGUGCUAAAUUGCAUGAUGUUUCUUUAGGUAAAUGUCAUUUUGAUAUCAUGUCAGAUGCAUAUGUAGAAUGUAUUGUUCGAAGUUUAAGUAUAUCAAUUAACCAUUUCUGUGGUACUUGUAAAAUGGGACCGAUAGAUGAUGAAAGUAGUGUAGUUGAUGAUAGAUUGAUGGUGCAUGGUGUUAACAAUCUUCGUGUCAUUGAUGCUUCUAUUAUACCAGAAAUUAUCAAAGGACAUCCGCAUUCCGUUGCUCUUAUGAUCGGAGAAAAAGGAUCAGAUAUGAUAAAACAAGAUUGGAAUUACACAAAUUCUAACUGAGU